AUGGCGGAUAUCAACUCCAUCCUACCAUCCAUUGAGGUGCAAAACCUCUCGUACAAGUUCCAAGACGGCUCCAAUGGCCUGGAGAACGUACAUUUGAGCUUACCUGCUGGAAGCCGUACUCUUUUGAUUGGCGCAAAUGGAGCGGGGAAGACCACCCUCCUCCGGCUUCUCUCAGGAAAGCGUCUUGCUCCCAACAAUACGAUCGCCGUUGGCGGCAAAGACCCUUUCAAGGACAGCCUUGAUGGCGUGACCUACCUGGGAGUGGAGUGGGUGCUGAAUAGCAUCGUUCGUACAGACAUCGAUGUGCCAACACUGCUCGCCUCCGUCGGUGGCAAUGCCUACCCAGAGCGCCGGGAUGAGCUGGUUGAGAUCCUUGAUAUCGAUCUGCGCUGGCGCAUGCAUGCUGUCUCCGAUGGAGAACGUCGUCGUGUCCAGCUGGCCAUGGGCUUGCUGCGACCCUGGAAGGUUCUGCUCCUCGACGAGAUCACUGUUGAUCUCGAUCUCUUGUCCAGGAGCAACUUCUUGGCUUUCCUCAAGCGGGAGACGGAGACUCGUCCCUGUACCAUCGUUUAUGCUACGCAUAUCCUGGACAACCUCGCCCAGUGGCCCACCCAUUUAGUCCGGAUGCACUUGGGCAAGGUCAAGGCGUUUGGUAGUGUUGAGUCGUUCCAUGAACAGGUCCCUGAGUGGACUUCGGAGAAUAGCCGCUUGGGAGAACUAGUGCUCAAGUGGCUUAAGGAGGAUAUGCACGUAAGAGGUCCCCGGAAUGGCCGCGGUAAUCAGGCCAAGACCUAUCAGUCCCUCGAAGGCAUUGGAGGUUACGGAUUGGAAAAACACGACUGA